AAAUGUUAUAAUCCAAUAUUAUAUUUUAUUUAUUUCUUUUAGAAGAAAAAUAAAAACAAGAGUAUGAUUUGAUGGGGGUGGGGAGUAAGAGCAUUGCGCAACCAUUCGAAAAAUUGGUGGCUUGGGAUUCAAUUACGAUCCGCUCUCAGAUUCUUUGUCCACUGAAUUACAGAUUUUAUGGAUUGUAAUUGCCCGUCUUUCUCAACUAAAUUACGCCAUAUUCAUUUCCCUCCAUCUCCUCCCCCUCUGCAUUUGAUCUUCAUCUGCAUCUUCACCAGGUUUAGUGUCCUGUCUUGAAUCUGUUUGAAGGAAAUUCUAUGAUGGUUCAGUCAUGUUGACGGUAUAUUCGCCGGGAGCUAACAAGAAAUUUCUGGCAUGUCUAGACUCUAUUCCUCUGUCAGAGGCAUCUCAUGCUAAUUCCCUUAAUUAUAGUACCUCGGUAUCUCUGUGCCCUCUAAAGAGUUCUUCUUCCAAUACCAUUCUACACAAUCCCUCGUCUUUUAAACGGUGUACUCAAUUGAAUACUCCUUGUGUUUUGAACCGAUCUUCAUUCAGAAGAUGCCUAUGCCGCUCAGAUAGCUCCCCACCUCCUUCGGAUGAUGAAUACCGCUCUUCGCGCAAUAUAGCUAUCAGUUUGUUCAGACGAUAUCGGAAUUUUGUCGAUCGAGGAGGAGGUGACAACUUAAAGGAUUUCAUCAGUGCUGGGGUGAAUGCAUAUGCACUUGGUUGUACUGAUGAAGGAUUAAGAAAAGAACUUAUUGAUAUGAAGGAAGCUGGUUUUGAAAUUGAAGUAAUGCAAAGUUAUGGUGGAAGUACUGGUUUGAAAUCCAAGAUUAUCUCAGGGGAGAUUGAAGAAUGCAUUCUGUGGUUGAGUAUUAUAUUCAUCACCAUCUUGUGUACACCACAACCAACUGUAGUUAGAUGGUCAUCAACACCUCCGGUGUCGGAUGAAAUAAGGCUUCAAUGGAAAGGCUUUUGUGCUCUCAUUGCCAAUGCAUAUUAUGUUCGAGGCAUGGCAUGGCUUCCUGUAAAAACUCUCCAACUAGAACAAAUGGCAGUGGUAGGACGAGCUGAAGAACCUUCGGUAGUUGCUAGCCGUAUGCGUAUAGUGUUCAGUACACUUGAGGUAGUUAGUCCGCAAUGGCCUAAAGUAUAAUGCUACAUAGCCAGAAAUUUUCUACCGGAAAACUUGCCAAGGUACCCUGAUGAUUACACUUGAAAGAUACUGGAUCAGUUGAACUCAACAUUUUCUCUGGCUAAAUUUAUAGCAAAUUUGUAUACUAUUCUUUCCUUCCAAAUGAUAUUUCUUGUUGAAGCAUAUCGAUGUUGUGAUAAUCCUAUAGGCAUAGAAUACA